CAUAAAGUGCCCAGGACUGCAGUCAAGGCAUCUGCCGCAUGCCUUUUCUUCGCAAAAAGGAAUGACACACAUCUGCUCCAAAGGCAAAGCCUGUCUUGUCAAGAGUGCUGAGACAAGCAGCUCUCUUGCAUUGAGCCAGGACGCAGCCAGCGUGGCUUUCCUUUCAUGGUAAGCUUUCAGCUUGCGCCUCAGCCGUACUUUUGUAACCUUUGAUUUUUUUUUAAGUUCUUAAGCCAUGAGGUUCGUCAAUAUGGGGAAGGUCUUCUUGAUCUGGAGGAAAACCUCUGCCCAUGUUCAAAGAAGAUCCGGCGGCCACAGACGUUGAAUCAGUAAAUUGCUGGGCGGCAUAUCGAACAGGAACACUAAACUUCGCCUUUCUCGCAGCUUUUCCCCCUUUGAAAGUUACUAAAUUCAAAUUUUUUUUCGAUCUAAAAUCUCGUUUAGGAGGCAUAAUGGAAAUCGCGUUUCAAGGGGUUAGCUGGCUGUGAUACCAGGCCUUGAUUUCCUUCAUCUCACGAUAGGUAAAUAGGCCCUACUUUGACCGCUUGUAUGCGUUAAUUUGACGCUAAUUAAAUCCACCUGUAAGCGGUUAAUUUCGAGCGAAUCGGGUGCACCCACCAACACAAUAGGCCAUUUCCAUUUACUUCCAAAGGAAAGGUCACACUGCUCGACUUCGAUGCAAAACUUCCGUUCUUUCCAUGUAAACAAAAUACAUCCGUCACGUUCUAAAGUUAUUUUUAUUUUGCAAAAACGUGUGCCAACGCAGAUGAAGGAAGUCUUUUUCCUUUACAUUACGUUUGGUGCUUUGAAAAAGCAAGUCUAGCACUAGUGUUGAAGUCACUUUCUCAAAAUCAUGGUCAAACUCAAACCAGAACUCGAACAAGUGAAGGAAUCAGACCAAUCAAGACCCUGUUAUUCACGCCGAUUUCUCCCAUGUCUCUUGUGGUCCUGGUUCUGCAAAUGGUACUUGCGUUUUAUGGAACGCUUCUUUGGUUGGUAUAGUGCAGGAAUCGCCAAACAUCCACUGAUCACCAUCCAGUUGUGUCUCAUGCUUGUCAGUGUUUGUUCUGUGGGCUUUGUUUGGUUCAAUUCAGAAAACAGAACCGUAAAAUUGUUCAUCCCUCAAAACAGCAAGGCAAUAGAUGACUUGGAAACUGCCGAGAAAUACUUCCGUGUCAACUUUCGAGAAGAAAUCAUCUUACUGGCGGCCUCCCCUAGUAAUCCAAAUGUUCUUUCCCCAGAGUGUUUGAAGCAAGCCUUUAGGGCUCACAAUGCAGUCAUGGAGUUGAAAUCUUUCACAGAACUCUGUGUCACAUUGUUGGGAAACAAAUCCAGGUCGCCAGAAGGGUGCGCGAUGAUUAAUCCCCUAGAAUUCUUGCAGUUCAAUGAAAGCAAAUUGAGCGGAAAGGACAUACAUGAAGUCCAACGGGAACUGGGUAAAGCCUAUAACGACACAAGUUUACUCAUGCGCAAUGGACGCCCAUUCUGGUUGAACUUUAACCGAAUGUUUGGCAAGGCCACUCGAAAACAUGGAAGAAUUACUGACGCCAAAGCCUUGCAAAUGAUUUAUCUCCUUCGUGAUCCGAAGGACGAUGAUGCGAGUGACAAGAUUCUAAAUUGGGAGAAGGCUUUCAUGGACAAAGUAAGCUCGUUAGUGGACAAACUUUCUUGCUUCGAUGUCCAUUAUUCAAGCGAAAGGAGCUUGGAUGAUGCUAUAAGUGCAAGUACCGGGUCUGAUGUAAAACUAGUGUCGAUCACAUUCACCUUCAUGAUCUCUUUUGCUUGCUUCAUGCUGGGCAAGUACCUUAAUCCGCUGACCGGUCAUGCUUUACUUGCUAAUGGAGGGGUCAUUGCAGUUGCCCUAGGGAUUUUGUCCGGACUCGGCCUUGGUAUGUGGCUUCGUGUACCUUUUGUCAGUUUAGUUGUGCUGCCUUUCUUGGUUCUUGGAAUCGGCAUCGACGACAUGUUCAUCAUAGUCGACGAGCUUGAUCGGCAGCCACGUGACCUGUUAACGAUUGAAAAGAUCAAAGCGGUUAUGAAGCAUUCUGGUGCAACAGUUACCAUGACAACAAUGACUGAUUUGGUGGCGUUCGCAGUCAGCACAUCCACCUCAUUACCAGCUAUAAGGUAUUUCUGUAUUUAUGCCACCUUGACAGUGACGUUCUCCUUCCUGAUGGUUGUCACAUUUUUUGUGGCCCUUAUGACAUACGAUGUAAGAAGAAUUAAAUCUGGCCGCCGAGAUUUCCUCCCAUUCUGCCUGGCACCACGGCCAAAAGAGGAUAGACCAGCAUGGGAUGAGCCUCUCCCCCAAACUUCAAAUAAAGUUAUGAAAUACUGGGGCACAUUCUUGACCCUUCCAGUUACAAAAGUUGUGGUUAUACUCUUCUCUCUGUCACUGCUUGGUGCUGGAAUAUACGGAGUCACUCAGGUGGAUGAGUCGUUUGAUAGACGUGUACUGGCCAGAGAUGAUUCCUACUUGAGGCA